CUUCCUCCCCCAACUCGCCAAACUACAACUUGGUCGUGCUCGAUUUGUCCCACUCUCUUUCUAUUUCUGGAGUACCCUCCCAUGUCCUGCUCCCUUCUCCGAGAAGCUUGCCAAAAGAACACAACUUGCAGAAGCACGCCGGUUUCUACAUCUCGCUUGGCUUAGGUUGGUGACGGAUAAGCUCCUUGCCACUCGGACGACAGCUGCUUCAAGCUCGCAUGGCUUUGCUCGAUGGUGCAACCUACGGUCAAAUGGACACGUUCAAAUACAAAGUGUUUGUCAGCACAUGGAACGUGGGAGGGAUCUCGCCAACUGAUGAUCUGAACUUGGAGGACUGGUUGGACACCGAUAGAAGCUCUUACGACAUCUAUGUUCUCGGGUUCCAAGAGAUAGUACCACUUUGCGCCAGGAACGUCCUCGGUCCCGAGAAGAGUAAGAUCUCCACGAAGUGGAAUUCGCUGAUAGGAACAACCCUAAACAAGUCUGAACCAGCUCGCUACCAGGUGUACCACGUCGAAGAAGGCGGCUAUCGUGGGGUGAGCAAUCGCCGAAAGUUCAGAUGCGUUAUGAGCAAGCAAAUGGUUGGAAUUUUUGUCACACUAUGGGUGAGGGAUGAUCUUUCUAACUACAUUAGCUACCCGAGCGUCUCAUGCAUCGGUUGUGGCAUCAUGGGAUGCCUAAGAAACAAGGGUUCCGUGUCCCUUAGAUUUUGUUUGCACGAAACCAGCUUCUGUUUUGUAUGCUGCCAUUUGGCUUCCGGAGGGAAGCAAGGCGAUGAGGUGCAUCGCAAUGCAGAUUUCAUGGAUAUACUGUCGAGGACCCGCUUCGGCAGUGAUUCUUCUGUUGAUUUGCCUAAGAAGAUUCUUAAUCACGACCGUGUAGUGUUGUUUGGAGAUCUGAACUAUAGGAUCUCGAUGACAGAUGGCAAGACGAGGUCACUGGUGGAACGAAAGGAGUGGGGCGUCCUGUUAGAUAGAGACCAGCUAAGAUUUGAGUUAUCUGAGGGACGAGCAUUCGAUGGUUGGAACGAGGGUGCGAUCACAUUCUCACCUACUUACAAGUAUCUUCCGAACUCUGACGAGUAUUGCUGGCAUGCUCAGGGAAGGAAAGGCGAAAAGAGUCGUGCUCCUGCAUGGUGCGAUCGAAUACUGUGGCUGGGCGAGGGACUGAAGCAAAACCGAUACGAGCGAUGCGAGUCGAAGUUAUCAGACCACCGAGCGGUGCGAGCAGUCUUCACCGCGGAAGUCGACGUCCUGAAGCUUAUGAACCCUUUGGAUGGAUUCUUUUUGUCGCAUAACCUUGAUGAUAUCGUUGAUAUAACACGUCGAAUGGAAGAACAAAUUUGAUCACCCGUGCAUUCUUCUUCGCCUUUAGAUGUAUUAUACGCAACGGGGAGACUGUUUCAUCGACUUUGAUCGAUGUUAAAAUGAUUCUAAUGUGUUUGGAGCAACUUGCACAAAGAAAUAUGAUCUCUUCUAAAGAUUGCAGUCAACACAUAUCCAU